UUCAUAUCAUUACACCUUUCUCAUCAAUCUCUAUAGAACAAUACUCUUCUCCUCUUUUUAAUUACUCUAACUAAUCUCGUUCGAAGAUGAGCCAAUACAGCCAAAACCAGUCUACAGGAGCUUAUCCUUCGCCUCCAGUGUCUACCGGCCCUUACGUGGCACCGCCACCUCUUGGUUACCCAACUAACGACACAAGUCACGCUACGGCUGCUCAGGUCGAGACUAAGCCCAAGGGUGAUGGAUUCUUGAAAGGCUGUCUUGCGGCCAUGUGUUGUUGUUGUGUCCUCGACGCCUGCUUCUGAGGACUUAAUUCGGUGGUGUUUUUUUAUUUGAUUUCUCAUUGUAUUUUUGCUUAUUACAUUUUGGGAUUUGAUUAGCUUAUGCCAUAUGGUACUUCUAAUUUUUUUAAUUCAUUUAUAUUAUCAGCAGUCUUUGUAAUUUACCAUCUUAUUAUGAAUAAAUAUUUUUCUUCUCUUACACA